UCGCGUUUCUAUUUUCCAAUCACCCCCACAAAAAUCCGCUAUUUUAUUUAAGCGCCGCGAAAGGUAGCGCAGCACUUCGAGUUUAUUUUUCGCCCGAGAGGAGAGGAGCACCACCCCCGGACAGAGAGGGGGGGAGGGAGAGGGAGCCGGAGCGGGGAGGAAGGAUCCGGAAUCUCGCCGGUGAUGCCGGUAGGGGAGGUGGCGGCGCGGCCAGGAGGGGGAGUGGCUGGGAUGGUGCUGGGCGGCGGCGCGGCCGCGGCGGCGGUGGGAGGGGAUGACGCCGUCGUCAUGCAGCUCGCCGCCGCGGAGGGGGAGGAGACCGUCGUCACCGUCAACUGCCCCGACCAGGCCGGCCUCGGCUGCGACCUCUGCCGCACCAUCCUCGAGUUCGGCCUCCGCAUCACCCGCGGCGAUGUAUCCACUGACGGCCACUGGUGUUUCGUGGUCUUCUGGGUCAUGCCCCGCUCAUCGACCAUCAAAAUCCGGUGGGCGAGCCUCAAGAACCGCCUCAUGUCCAUGUGCCCUUCCUCAUAUUCCAUCCCGUUCUACCCCGACAUCAGCCAGCCAGGCCCCUCCAAGUUCUACCUCCUCAAGCUCUUGUCACCUGACCGCAAAGGGUUGUUACAUGAUGUGACGCAUAUACUAUCGGAGCUGGAGCUUUUAAUCCACAGAGUGAAGGUGUCAACCACGCCUGAUGGAAGAGUUGUGGAUCUCUUCUUUAUCACAGACGGAAUGGAACUGUUGCACACAAAGGAAAGGCAAGACGAGACUUGCUCGACGCUGAUUGCUACCUUGGGUCCUUCCAUAAGCUGUGAGGUUCUAUCCGCAGAAGGGUUCCAGCAAGGGUUCUCUUCUCUUCCACCAAAAAUUGCUGAGGAACUAUUCAGGGUGGAACUAGCUGACAGCGAGAUCUGCUCAAGUUCGCUUAGUGCAGAGUUGAAAAGGGUUCAGACGGCCACAAUUAACUUCGACAAUGCCCUGAGCCCUGCCCACACACUGGUCCAAAUUAUUUGCCCUGAUCAGAAGGGGCUCAGUUAUGACAUCUUGAGAACAAUGAAGGACUGCAACAUUCAGAUAUUUUAUGGGCGAUUCAGAUCAGACAAGAAAGGGUCAGGUAAUAAAGGUUGUCGAGAGGUUGAUCUUUUUGUCAAACAAGUAGAUGGCAAGAAGGUUAUUGAUCCUGAGAAACAGGAGGUUCUGAGGUCACGCCUGAGGUCUGAGAUGCUCCAUCCUCUUAGAGUGAUGAUCGUCAGCCGUGGACCUGACACAGAACUCCUUGUUGCUAACCCCGUUGAGCUAUCCGGGAAGGGACGACCGCGCGUAUUCUAUGAUGCUACUCUUGCUCUGAAAGCACUUGGAAUCUGCAUUUUCUCUGCUGAAAUUGGGAGACAGUCAGCAUCAGAGCGUCAAUGGGAGGUCUACAGAUUCCUCCUGGAUGACAGCAAAGAAUUCCCUCUGGCAAACAGUCCAACUAAUAGGAACCGUGUUGUCGAUAGGGUAAGAAAAACGCUGAUGGGCUGUUACAACUAAGGCUCGGGUUAUGUCUCCAAAGAAUCCAAAGCUUGCAGGCGACUGAUACAGUCAGCUCCAAUGUAUCCCAUAAAUUAUGUACUUGAAAUUAUGCGCACUCCAGAAUCCAGAAUGUAGUGUGCAUUCCAAGUGAUGCAUUCGCUGACCAAAUUGGUAUCUCGAGCUCCAUUGUCACUGCCCACAGUUGACUGCUCUGUCAAGGUAAAUGGUGAUGGGAAUGCCGAAGCUCAUCUAGGCCUCCAGCCCUCCACUAUGUUGUGAAUUUCAGAGCUGGCAGUAUAUUUAUAUUGAAGCAAUGCAAGACUUUUGGCAAGUGAUGUUUGCUGGAGUUGCAUCUUCUGAUCAACAUUGAGCAUAUGGUCGCUGGCAACAAAGAAAGUAGAGAUUGCGCGCCACAAUCUCCCUGCCUCUGUUGUGUUGUGCACAUGCUGAGAAAGAAAGAUAUGAGAAGAUCGGAAAAAGGAGCAUGUUUGGUGGGAGGUGCAAAUCACAGGAGCAAUGAUUGAGCUUUUGUUUGGUUCAGGGGAUUACUGGAUGCUGACACAGAUACAUGCAUGAGCCGGUCUGUUGUAAAUUAUUUUAGUGGAGAUGUUGCUGUCCUCCUGCGUCUGCUUCACCACCUUUGCCUUGUUUUCCUGCCUCCUUCCUGCCUUCCUUGUAUGAUUGCUGCUUGUACUUUCAGAAUAGAAAGAGAGGAGUAAUGUAAAGCCCUGCCUCCUCAUGUAAGCGCAAUUUGUACUUGUUUGUAAGGAUGCAUAUACAUAUAUGAUACAUUGUGCAAAAGUGCAAUUGUUUUUGCAAAGCA